AUGGGGAAGUCUUCAGCCGGGUCCGUGAAGACCCGUCUGACGAAUGUAGUAGUUUCAGCAGUAGCUGCAUGCUGCGUCAUUCUAACCGUCUGUCACUUCCUUGUCAAUCAUGCCCAUGCUAGACGCCUCCGGCGCUUCAGCGCAUCGUCAUCUCUCCUGAAGUUUUACUCGUUGGUGAACCAUCAAGGCAACUUCGAGGAACAAGCCCCACAGGUUCCCAAACUCGAUAUCCUCUCGGUAUAUGGAGAAGGCCUUCCGGUGCAGGAGGCAGAGUUCGACAGCGCUGACUGGCCAGAACUCUUUCCGGUGAAUCCGACUUUUCAGCCGGUACAAUCAGCCGAUGCCAAGCACCGAAGGGGCAGCGCUCCGAAUGUUGCUGCCCAGGAAAUGCUGUUGUCGGGUGAGGGCGCUUUGGGACGUAUCGCUGGUUACCGGCAGCCCCGAAGUGUAUCCGCGUCUCCUCCCGAAGGCAGUUUGCCGGCGAGUGACCGUCCAUCCGUUGACAAGCAGGAUGCCGUCCCUAGGAUGCCUCAGGAGACGCCUAUGGAUACAUUGCUUGAUCCCACUAAAGCGGAUAAAAUGCUUGACAAGUUCCUGUACCACCUCAAAGACGUGGCAGCAAUACAGGCUCAACAGAUACGGUCAAAUUUGGGAGAUCUCUCACAGAAUGCCGACCACGUGCAGCUGGCAACGGGCUUGCAAGAGACUGAGCUGUUCGGUCUUGUUUGGGCUGAUCUAAAGGCAGAGCAAGAUGCCGCGGAUAUUUCUCAGGUACCAGGAGGGGAACCUGCAGAUGCAAAGAGGAAAGCGAAAACCCCAGAUGCCGCGGAUAUGGAAGCAAUCAAGCUGUCUCAGGAUGUAGACAAAGACAGUAGUGUGCCGGAAGGAGAGUUGCAAGCUCCCCCGGAGUCGCAAACCCUGAAGGCCGUCAGGGCAACAAUGUACCAGAACCUGAAAUCCAACAGUGAGAAAGAGCUUCGCGACAAACUCAAGAGUGACAUCAAGGAGGCCUGGAGGAGUGGGAGAUGGAAAGGAUUGAACCGGAUUCUUUUUGCCUCUCUGCGCCUGCUGCUCGAGUACGCCAGUCUGGGAGUGAAGAAUGUCUUGGAGAUGUUUGGGUCUGCAUGGCUUUGGGUCCUGGACCACGCCUUACGGAAAUCAGUGAGGCAACUCCGCAUGUUCAAGCUGUUUGGCAAGGUAUCCGGUUACGGGGAGAGACUAUUCUACUUCAUGCAGUGGUGGAUGAUGACAGCCCGCUAUUAUAUCGAAUAUACAGAAGCAAUUAGGGAUCUGGUGGCCUUCAUCAUCGAGAACUCUUCAAAGAUCAGUAUGCUUGUUCAAGGUGGUUUGUCACUUGUAGGCGGCACAGGGGGGCCGAUAUUUUUCUGUGUAUUUUUGUGGAAGCUGUCCAAGCCCGCUUGGAAAUUAUACCUCACAGACGCGGCCCUGAAGACAUCUUCGAUUCACGAGAGAGCGGCAACAGAGUUCAUGAUGUCCCAAAAGGAUUAUCAUAACUUCCUCCUCGGCACAAGAGCGCUCGUUGGCGAUGCAGAUAAUGGGCCCGCUCUUGAACUUCACCUACCUCAACAUCAGACUACGGAGCUUAUUUUUCUAAUGGCGUACCUCGAACGGUACAAGUUGCCUCAAGCGGCGCAUCGCGUGGGCUUAUUGGAGGGAAGUAAUCCUAUGCAGCAAUAUCUAGCCUACGAGAGGGUGACGCGACUAAAGGAGCUGGUAUCAAGAGUACCGCAAGAGGCCCGUGGCCAGCUUGUCAACCUCUUUUCGGAGCUCAGUAGAUGGGACAUGACCAGAACAUCCGACUCCUUGCACGGCCUCAUUAUCAAUAAUCUCCAGCGCUGCGCUAUUCUCUCCAGAGUUUUGACCAAUCAAUAUCUUCUCCAGCGUCGCAUCUUGGCAUAUAUUGCGUCAUACCAGCGCUCACGCAUCAAGCCCUGCCAGCUGGCCUGGCUCGCGAACACAGUCAUACGCUGUGCCUACGAAGUCAUCGACCGGGAACUUUUAUUCACGUUGGAUGGCGACCACAACUACGCUUUAGACCGAACAACAGUUCGAGUUAAUAAUCUCCCGUCCUUUCUUUACGGCGACACGCGGGGUCUGAAGGAGCUUCUGCAAAAGUUUUUCACGUUUUUUCCCAUGAGCGUGCUGAAGCACCCCAUCCGGCAAGGCACGCCCGGCCGAGCACUGUUGGCGGACAUGCAUCUCGAUAUCUCCUCGGGUGUGAUAGGAAUCUUACGAAAUAUCAGUCCGAGAUAUGGAGAGCGUCACACCACCCGAGCAGUAAAACGAACUCACUGCCCGAUGCAGGUACCGACCAUUGAGAUCAACACCGCUAUGAGAUACGUCAAGUUACGAUUCUUGACCAGCACGACCACUCCAGCGCCACCAGCCACUCCCGAUCCGGACGACAAUCAGCCAUCCGAGACAGAGAGAUCUUCCGACACGGGAAGUGAACAAGCGGCAACUGACCCAUUGUGCGCGGAAGUGGCAGCGCGAUCCAUUCUACGCCAGCAGGUGACGAAGGCAGUCAAGGGAGAGGUUCGCAGAACCAUAUUCGGCAUUCCUGACACGGUUUGUGCCCCUAUCAACUCCCCCGGCUUUGUAGCGCUAUCUCGACUGAUUGACGAAUUUGUCAACGGAGGCGUGACCGACGAUCAAUUGCCUGAAGCGCUCAAAACAGGUCUGGACAUCCUGGUCAACGAACACCCUUCUCUGGUGGCGGCGUUUGCCAGCAUACAUCCAUUCAAGCACAUCGUGUUGCAGUACGUCAACGAGGUAUUGCCGUUAUCCCUGUCGAAUGUCGCCGUCACCAAAGAGUCAACGAGCCAGUUCUUGACGAUCCUGGGGAUCGUUCAAACCGCCUUACGCUACGAGCCCUGGCGACUUGUCGAGUACAUAAAAGACCGCGUACUCAGCGUCCAUUUACGGGAACAGAUGAACGACACAGCAGAACUGCAGGCAACGGCGCUUACAACCCACAGUACUGGCGGGGAGGCGGUCGACGGCAGUAUAACAGCAACAGCUGAAGCUUCGGAGAAAAAGCAGGCGCGCGAUGUUAUUCUGGAUCUCGUCGCUCAACGUUUUUCCGAAAACCUUGCCCAGAUAAUCUAUGGGGCAGCCGAGUCUGUUCAACUUUCACGCAAACCUGGCAAAUUCAUGUAUGGGAAGACGUUCGAUCAAAUGAAAGACAUAGUUACACGUGCAUUCCUUCGCUGUCUGAAGUCCGUCGACAACGCAAUCGGCAGUCUGGAGCGGAUUCAAGGGAAGAUAUCGACGAACCCAAGUGGAUCUCUUUCUGGUCCAGCGACUUCACAGUUGAUAGAGUUCGACUCGGACAGGGAAGGCUACUUUGAGAGCCAACGAGGUGCUGCAUCCAACGCACAAGAUAGGACAGAGGAAGAGCUUAAGAAGUUCUUACUUCGAAGACUCGAGACCGAGGAAGCGGAGGCCACAGACCAACGAAUGAUUAUCCAUACCGACCAGACUACAGAACGGAAGCUCGGCGAACCGUUUUUUUUUACGAAAGCUGAGAUCAUAUCCUUCCUUAAAGAAGGCCGGAAGGCUGUGAGCGAUGUGCUGGAAGCGAAUACGGAAAAGAUUGUUAGAGCGCUCCGAUGGGGAUACUGGAAAGAAGACCACUUUGACUGCUUGGAUUUGUCAACGGAGAGAACAAAACAACUCACCGUAGAUUUGACGGCGGCAUUCAAGACACUUCUCGUCGCAAAAACUGCCGUUCGUGGUGACACGGAUGAUGGGAUGGGUGGCGAGGCAGGGCCUGCCUCAGUCGUGGUUCUCGUUUUUGCUUUCCUCUGUGUCGCACAGCCCGCGUCUCACAAAAUUUUGGACUCGCUUGCGCGCGAGGCUGGGCCUGGUUCCGAAGCCGGGGAACUUCAGCGCACUGCGAAUCGCCAAAGACUUCAUAUCUCGCCUCCGUGUUCUGCAUCAGAGCGGAGUGGAUGGGACAUACGGGGCCAUUGA